AUGACACGAAUAGAAGAGAGACAGAGACAAGACGACGAUGAAAGCGUCACGUCUCUCCAACCGGAGGAGAUCGUUCAGCUUCAGCAGCAAGACGCCGGAAUCGCGAGUGCUGCAAGCGGCCAUCACGUACAACAUGUAGACCCCGAGUACACAUUCUCAGUAGACUCGUUUCGAUUACUACAAGCCGAAGAGGCAGAGACCUCCUUGGGAGACUUUCCCGACUUCAUGGCGAUGGACUGUCAUUCGUCUGAUGCAACAGAAGAUGAGGAAGAUCAUUCCCAUUCGGAUGGGGAACAAGAGGGCUCUAUGGCCACUAGUGUUAGUGCUAGUUCGGCUUCCACUAGCCUGCAGCACCCAGUUGAGCCAAGGACAUCUCCAUCAAUAGCAAAGCCACAACCUGCUAUGCACGAUUUGAGUGUUACAUGGAGGGAAGAAAUGCAAGAGGAUGAACUCAAUGGCAGCCAAAUACGAAUAGUGGCGCUUCCUCGAGAUCAGUCCAACCCAGACCACGAUCACGGCGACCUAGAAAAUCCAUCCGACAUAACCAGCAACUCUUCAUCGGAGGAACCAAUAGAAGCGUUAUCGUCAAGCCAGCUAGAUAUUGUUUGUGAACUGGGGCACGAUGAAACAGACACGCCAGAAGACAAACCUAAGAAAUCGUGUCACGAUGACUUGAUUUCGUGCGAUACAUUUGACGACGACGACGACGACGAGUUGGAGGAAGACGAUAGCAUCCAUCUCAGUGACAGCUUUCAAGACGAAGAAUCCAUUCUCUCCGAUGCCGAAGCACAAGAGAGAAAGGUUCGCUGCUCGCUCUUGUUUGCGCUCGCCAGUUCCCUGGGGGUCGUUUUCUGUGCCAAAAUCAUUUCGUGGCUCUGUCGGAAAUUAUCGGGUGGCAGCGGCGCGGAAGAUGCCAUCCAACAAGAAGUUUUGGCCGAAGUGGUCGACGAAGCUCUCAUUGCAUCGCAAAACAGUCUCCUGCUGCAGCAAUCGAGCCAAAACUUGGCGGUCAAUACAGCCGUUGCAAGCGCCACACAGGGUCAAGUGGCGACACAGCAAAUGGCAGUCGCAGCAUCACAGUCCGCGUCGGGAUCGACGGCGGCAGGUGCAUCGUCGGCGGCAGCAACCGCCACGGCAGCAACGACAUCCGGGGCUGUUGCGCAAGCUGCAUCUUCAAUCGCAGGAGCUUCUCUUGGGGUGCAGGUUGGGGCAGCGGUGGGAGUCGCAGCAGUUGUCACCGUGGCAGGACUUGCGGCCGGUGCCAUCAUGCAGCCAAGUGGCAUGACUACUUUAGGGGAAACUUUGGUAGCAUUCAAUAUCACCGCAAACAACACCAAUUUCACUCUGGUCAAUUUGACGAACAUCAACAUCACGGUUGCUCCACCGGUGAUUGAUAACAUCACUGCUGCCCCGACUAAUUGGACCGAUCCCUUCGACAUUACAAGCAAUGCGACAAUUCUUAACAUCACAAACACAUCGGUGCCGUAUAUUCAUAAGUGCGAGGAUGCCGAAGGGGUUCCCGAACUCAAGGUGGGACUGGUAGACUUUGUCAUUGAAGGCCUGCCGUAUGAAUUUGCAGCACAGGAACAGUCUCAGCUGGAGGACCUGUUUGCUUUGGCAUACAAUGGGCUAUCUGGGAUGUGCUCGGGGGAGUACCAAAGGGUGCUACAAGAUGUGACUCUUUUGGAAGUCAACUAUGUUGCGGCUGGAUCGUUGGAUUUCACUUACACCAAAUGGCAAUGCACGAUAUCGUGUGUCGGGUGCUCGGACAACAAUCCCUUGUUUGGGACGCACAAUGAUAGCGUGGCGCCGGUUAUUUCCACAGCGAACAGCAAGCGGAUGCUUCAACAGAGUGUAUACACUUUGGGCCCCACCUUUUUCAAUGACUUUGUCGGGGCGUUCAUGUUUGAAAUUGAAGAAUCCUAUCCGUGGAUAGCGGACGAAGAUGGCACGUCCUUGCGAUUGUAUUCUGGCGCCGUACUCAAUCCAUUGAACUCUAACGACAUCGUGGUGGAGAUCGUCGCGGAUCCUCCGCCGGAAACCAUCAAUCGAGAACCGCUUCCGCUUCCAGUCACCUUGAGUCCCAGCGCAAAUCCAUCUACCGAGCCUUCCUCGGGACCAUCGGCUGGGCCUUCCUCGAGCCCCUCAAACCUUCCAUCAAACAAGCCUUCCGCGGGACCAUCGGCAUGGCCAUCCUCGAGCCCUUCUUUGAAUCCAUCAAUUGUGCCUUCCGCGGGACCGUCAGCAUGGCCAUCCUCUAAUCCUUCUUUGGCUCCGUCGUUGUCGCCGUCCCACCAGCCCGUGUCAUCAAUGCCACGAGCAACGACGGGUCCAUCAACGCUGGAGCCUUCGACAGUUGCGCCCAGUACAUCCACCCCAACAACAGGUGGACCAAGCACGGCUAUGCCUACAACAGGAUCUCCCACCCGAGUUCCAGAGGCUGCCAGUAUCAUGGCCGCUCCAACGACUGCCGAGCCCACGAUGCCACCCACGACACUCCCAACAAAGCAGCCAUCGCUGCCACCAACUGAACCCCCUACAAAAUUCCCAACAGUAGGUCCGACAACUCUAAACCCCACUGUAACAUCAGGCAGUCCUAGUGUUGCUCCGACAACAAGAAGCCCCACUACAUCUCCCACAAGGAGCCCCACCUUAUCACCAACAGAGUUGCCAACCAAUGCCCCAACUGACCCACCAACGGCUACUCCUACAAUUUCUCCGACCAACCCUCCAACCCAGCGACCAACAACUGCUCCCACACAGCCACCAACCCAAGAGCCCACAAAAACUCCAACAACCCCCCCAACAGCUCCACCCACAACCAAUAGUCCAACCGUGACAUCAGGGAAUCCUAGUGCUGCUCCAACCACAGCCAGCCCCACAACUAGGUCUCCAACAGUGCCACCAACUCGUAUACCCACUGGCCAGCCCACUGCUAGACCAACAAACAAACCAACGCCUGCACCUACUGCCCAGCCUACACACCAGCCAUCUUUGUCUCCAUCCGUCGUACCAUCAGCUAGUCCCACACCGAUUCCAACCACAGGAUCACCAACAGUAGCACCCACCUGUGGAUUCACUGCAGUGACUGCCACUUACUACGUGGGAUUCACCAGUGACGUAUCAGCACUAGGAGAAGGUUUUCUGAGUUCUAACUUUGCCAGGGCUUAUGACUUUGUAGCAGAUGCUACUUGCUCGGCUGUUGUAACCAAUGUUACAAUCCAAGAGAGGUUCACAGUGGGAAAUCAUCAAACUCUUCAAGUUUCUGUGACAACUGAUCAGACCAGUGCCAAUCCCUUUUUGGGGAAUGCCUUGGAAGAAAGAGAUUUUCUGACAGCCUUUUCAGGACUGACUGAUACUUCACCUGUGUAUAUCAGGGACUCAAGACCAACUGAGCAGCCAACAAAAUCACCUACAGAGCCUCCAACGGAAGCGCCCACUGAGCCCCCCACAAUCAGCCCCAGCACUAUUUCCCCUACCACUAGUCGUCCAACCACCAUCAGCCCCACCGUGACAACUGGAAUGCCCAGUAACACGCCAACAACAAGAAGCCCAACAAAACAUCCCAGCAGUCUUCCCACAAGUCAACCUAGUUCCGGUCCCUCAUCACAGCCAAGCACUCAUCCCAGUGACAGGCCAACAAGUAUUCCUUCACAUCAUCCUUCAUUGAGCCCAUCACAUCAGCCAACAAGCACCCCCACAGGAUUCCCAACAACAUUAGCAAGUUUCUGUGGGCACAUUACAGUAACUGCUCCGUACUACAUGGGAUUUGCCCAAGGUGAUCUUUCUACACUAAGUGACGCUGCCCUAGUGACCGCCUUCGAAACUUCCUAUGACUUUGUGUCUCAGAUACAACUCAUUUUCUGUCCAGUCCAGCAGACAUAG